GGUCUGAGCACCGACCCCUGCACCUACCCCUGAGCAUCGACCCCGCAGGCGUCCCCGGGACUGGUUCUUCCAGGACGCAGGCGCAGCGGCGCGGUGCCUUCUGGGAGUUGUAGUUCGCGGGAAGCGGCGCGCGGGAUGUAGCUGUGCCGGUGCGCAAGCGCAGUCCGCUCGGGCCUGGCGCUCUGGCCCACCCGCGGAGGUCGCCGUGGUCACCUGUGAGGCCUGCUCGUCCGCUCCACCGUGGGACCUGGGGUUACUGGGGUCCGCCUCGGCCGGGUAGGGCCGGAGACUGAGGAGAACCUGACCCGAACCCACCGAGCUCGCGGGGAGCCUCCGAGGCCUUCGAAGGCGGUGCCGGGAGUCGAGGACACUGAUGUGGUCUGGACCCACUGAUGCAUGGUGGCCAGAGCAGGGGCCACAACGUGAGUGACACACACAGGAUCUGAUGCUCUGAAGACCACAAGAUCCAGAGACAAAGGUGUGAAAACAAGGCAGUGACUCAGAAAGCAGCGAUGGAAGGACUCUCGAGCGUGGCCACCCCCCAGGGCCCCGAGGUGGGGGAAUCCCGGGAACAAGAGGGUCGGUUCAAGGGCCGGCAGGAGAACCAGAAAAGCUGUCUGAAGCAAGAGGCCACGGCCCCCGGGGAAGAGCCCGCCAGGGACGGUGUGCAGGAGCGGGGCGAGCUCGGCGGGGUGCCGGGAACCGGCCGGAGUCCUCCCCUGCCCCAAGCCGGCGGCCGGCCACCGAGGCGCGGCGCACCCAGGAAGAACCCGAAGCAGAAGAGGGCGGGCUCCGGCGAGGAGGAGCGAGGAGGGGGCGGCCCCCGGAAGCCGUGGACGUGCGGGGACUGCGGCAAGGCCUUCAGCUACUGCUCGGCCUUCACCCUGCACCAGAGAACCCACACCGGCGAGAGGCCGUUCGCGUGCGCCGACUGCGGCAAGGCCUUCAGCCAGAGCGUCCACCUGACGCUCCACCGGCGCACGCACACGGGCGAGCGGCCGUACGCCUGCCCCGAGUGCGGCAAGGCCUUCAGCCAGGGCUCCUACCUGGCGUCGCACUGGCGCACGCACACGGGCGAGCGGCCGCACCGCUGCGCCGACUGCGGCAAGGCCUUCGCGCGCCCCACGCACCUGGCGCAGCACCGGCGCGUGCACACGGGCGAGCGGCCGUACGCGUGCGGCCAGUGCGCCAAGGCCUUCCGCAACCGCUCGUCCCUGCUGGAGCACCAGCGCGUGCACACGGGCGAGAAGCCGUACGCGUGCGCGCGCUGCCAGAAGGCCUUCCGCUUCUCCUCGGCGCUCAUCCGCCACCGGCGCACGCACACGGCCGAGCGGCCGUACGCCUGCGGCCAGUGCGCCAAGGCCUUCACGCAGCUCGCGCACCUGGCGCAGCACCGGCGCGUGCACACGGGCGAGAAGCCGUACGCGUGCCCCGAGUGCGGCGCGCCCUUCAGCCAGAGCGCCUCGCUGGCCGAGCACCGGCGCAUUCACACGGGCGAGAAGCCAUACGCGUGCGCGCAGUGCGGCAAGGCCUUCACGCAGGUGUCGCACCUGGCGCAGCACCGCCGCGUGCACACGGGUGAGCGGCCGUACGCGUGCGCCGACUGCGGCCGCGCCUUCAGCAACCGCUCACACCUGGCACAGCACCGCCUCGUGCAUACGGGCGCGCGGCCCUACCGGUGCCCGGAGUGCGGGGCGGCCUUCGGGCACGUGUCGUCCCUUAUCGAGCACCAGAAGAUCCACACGGGCGAGAAGCCCUACCGCUGCGGGGACUGCGGCAAGGCCUUCAGCCAGGGCUCGUCGCUGACGCUGCACCGGCGCACGCACACGGGCGAGCGGCCCUACGCGUGCCCCGAGUGCGGCAAGGCCUUCAGCAACCGCUCCUACCUGAUCCAGCACCACAUCGUGCACACGGGCGAGAAGCCCUACGAGUGCGGCGGCUGCGGCAAGGCCUUCAGCUUCUCCUCCGCGCUCAUUCGGCACCAGCGGACGCACGCCGACGGGAGGCCCUGUCCGCGCGCCCGCUGCGGCCACCCCGCCACCUCGCUGCCGCACCCGACGGGGCCCCCGGGCUCCCCCCGGGAGGAGGAGCCAGGCGGCGGCAGCGACCCCACACAGAGUGCCACAGACCGGCAGAAGGACGAGCUGAUGCCUAACGGGGACCUCUGACCCGGCACCGCGCCCGGCACUGUUCCACCCCGCUUCCGACCGCUCGGCACCAAGGGGAGGCACCUUCUCCUCCCCGACUCGUCCGUGAGAAAACCGAGGCUCAGGGAGGCCCGGGGACUUGCCCAAGGUCACACAGGGAGGAGGUCACAGGGCCGGGACUGGACUCCGCAUCUGCCGGACUGCCCCUCCCCCCAACACACACAUUCUGCCUCCUGGUUCGGAACUAUAAAUGCGACCCACGAAAGUAGACCCAAAGAAGUGUCUGUGCGUCUCUAGCUAGCCUUUGAAUGGUCGAAGAUUUGAUGAUCACGUAGGCAUUUGUUCAAUAAAUUUAAUUGGAUAAAAGGUUCGGCUCCUUUCAAGUUGGCAUAUUGACUAAGGAAGCGGGGUCUGAAGAAGUGUGGAUCCCUAGGACUGAAACAGUGGUUCCAAAAUUAGAACGAGCCAGAGACAUCCAGAGAAGGAAAAGCUCUAGAAGAGACUUGCCUCUCCCCUGACCUGCAAAGGGUGAGUUUCAGAGUGCACCCCAGCCUUUUUUAGGAUGAGGAAACACUUUCCCCUACUCCAGCCUUGUGCCCCCCACCCACCCACAAUCAAAAUCCUGACUUUAAUGGUUGUGUCCGUUAGCUGUUGCUGUGUAACGAAGCAUCCAGACCUCAGUUGUCCAUCUAAUAUAUUUCCCAUGGUGGGGGUUUCUGUUGGCCUGGACUAGGCCCAGUUGAUCUUGGCUAGAUUCAGUGGCGCAUCUGUGGUCAGCUGAGGGUUGGAUGGGGGUGGCUGUUCAGGACGGCUCAGCUGGGCCAUCUCUGCUGCCUUCCUCAAGACUCUAAGGGUGUGCACUCAGGACAGUAGCAGGGAUUUGGAGAGAGUGGGCACACAAGCACAGUUUCAAGCCCCUGAUUAUGUCAAGUUUGCGUGUAGACCCACUAGCCAAAGCAAGAGUUAUAGCCAAGCCCAUGGGUAGUAUACAACCAUGUGGUUAGAAGUGUGAAAUGUGAGAAUGAUUAACGCAGUCACCUAUCACCGUGAAAUAAGUUAUAGUCCUACAGCAUGGUCUUUACGAAAUUUUGUUAUGGACAACAUUUGUUUGGUCCACAGUUAACAAAGUGAAAAAAAAUCUUAGCCCUGUCCUCCUCCAUCCCCCCCUACCUACCAAGUUCCCCUCCCUAGAGGCAACCAUUCUUGAGUUUCUUGGUAUCUUUCCAACAUAAUCUAUGCAUAUAUAGCAAAUAAUAUGGGUAUUUGCUUAUAUGUAUAAACAUGCUAUAAAGACGUACAGUAUACCUUUCUACACAGAUAGUAGCAUACAGCCCACAGCUUCUGUCCUUUUAUUUAUUUUAUAUUUGGAAGCACCGGAUGUUAUCAUUUCACAAAGUUUGGGUGUAAGAUUUCUUAGGUAGAGAAUCAUGUAUGUUUGUUUUGAUCUCACUGAUUUGUUCAGGUCCAGGAAAAAAAAAUGACAAAAAUAUUUUUCAGUUACGAAUGCCUUUUUUACAAGGUUGACCAACAAACGGUCCUGUGUCAUGGAACAACAUAACUGAACAUAACAUAUCAUAACAACAUAACAUAACCCCCCUCUGCAUAAAAAGGAACCCCCUACAUAAAGAAUUUUUAUGAGAUUUUUUGCAGUUGUACAAAAUGUACAAUAUAUCCCCACAUGCCCAUCCACUUUGACUGCCUUAAAAAACAGAAAGAAUUUUGGGGUGCCUGGGUGGCUCAGUCGGUUAAAUGUGCAACUCUUGAUUUUGCCUCAGGGCAUGAUCUCACAGUUCAUCAGUUCGAGCCCCACAUAGGGCUCUGUGAUGACCGUGCAGAGCCUGCUUGGGAUUCUCUCCCUCUGUUUCCCUUUCUGUUCCUCCCUCUCUCUCAAAACCAGAAAAGAAAAGAAACAAUUUUAAUAGAAUAGGAAUGCAAUACCUAAAAGUGCUUUCAUAACAAAAUUUACCAUAUUUUAUGAUAUAUAUUUGUUUUUAAAAUAAUUCAUGAAAAUGCCUAUUUUUUUUUCCUGGUCUAUUUUAAAGUAAAUUACCGACAGGAUCUCACUGCUAAAUACCUUAGGCUGCAUCUCUUAACAACAACAAAAGUACCUUCUAUACAACCACAGUAUCAUUCACACCCAGUGAAACAUUAAUUUCUUGAUAUCAUCCAGUGUCCAGUCCAUAUUCAGAUUUCCUUGGGCCCUGAAAAAGUGAUGUAAAUUAUCAGAAAAUAACGCCAAGCCCUGAAAAUACCUCAAACAUAAAUGAUCUUUAAUGUGUAUAACUAAGGAGAGAAAUUAAAACAGCCACACGGACGUGUAAAGAGACAUCUGUCUCCCUGCCCACCAGCUUCCUCAGCUCUUAGUCCUAGCAAGGAAGCUGGUGAGGGGCCUCGGAGGAGAUGCGUGCCUUUCCUUUCGCCCUGGCGUUACCUGCACAGGCCUUGGCACGCAGUAGGUCCUCAGGGAAUCUCAUGUGAAUAAAUAAAUGAGUGACAAAUCCCUGACCUGCCCUGCAGGGUCAAGACUUACGGUGUUUGCGCUUCCUCUGUGCUGCAGACAUCACUCAGGCCCCAGCAUAGAGUAGGUACUCAUGAAGGACUGGGUGACUAGUUGUACAUCCCAGUAUCAGCCCUGGCAUCAUUCAGGGUCAGAGGCCACACAUUCGGUGCCCCCCUGUCUCCCAGGCAUUAGCCAGCUCAAGCACCAGCACACAGUGGGUCUUCGGGAGAUCUAAAUUAAUAGGCCAGGUAAAUUAAUGAAUAAGUAAACAUCCUCAGCACCAGUCCUGGAUCAGAGAACAUGCAUACUGGUUCCUUCCUGUGACCCCAACUUUGCCUAGCCCAAGCCUUAGCACACAGUAGGUCCUUAAGAAGCUCCAGAUAGCUGAAUAGUUAUACAUCGCAGCAUCAGGCCAGGAGUUAUUCACGGUCAGGAGGGACGACACAGUCGGUUCAUGGCUAUGCCCCAGACAUCUCCUACCUCAGGCCUCAGCGCACAGUAGGUCCUCAGGAAAUACUGAGUGACUGAAUGAAUGGUUGACCAUGUCCAGCUGCAACCCUAGAGCCAUUCAGGGUCUUGCAUGGACUGCACGGUCUGGCUCCUCCUUCUGACCUUCGCCCAGCCCAGGCGCUAGGCACACAGUAGGCCCUCAGGCAGUGCUGCGUGAAGGGAUGAAUGUGAAAUGGGAGCCCAGUUUACAGACAUAAGCCUGAGUUCAGUCACCCCAAAGACCGAGGGAAACUGGUCCUCCGCAACGCCAAGGCUGCGGAUGCCCCGGCUCUGCGGGGGGAGAGGGGGGAGGGUGCGGGCGAGGUGUGGGCGGGGUCGGCGUCCCGCCUUUGAGCCCUUCCGCCAAGACUUCAACGAGAGCCGGCUAGGUGCAGUGCGCAGGCGCCGGGCGUAACGCCGCGAGCUGGCCCCGCCCGCGGGCGGUUGGUGGGCUGUGCUGCGGGGCCGACGCAGGAGGGUGGACGCAGGAGCGACGAGAGUCGCAGCCGGGAGGACGGGAGCGUCCGCGGUCCCUCCUGUUGCAGUGAGAGUGGCGCGCGCGAGCGGUGCCCUGAGUCCACAGCCGUGAAGGAGCUGAGUCCCGGGAGGGGGAGCUGCCGAAAAUACCUGUUCAGAGCUUUCGGAAUUACUGGACUCAGUUCCUCCAGGGAGACCCGGCAGAGGAGGUGGACAGAGCAGAACCUCAAUUAACCAUCAGUUAACCUGUAAUUGUCAGGUGGUGAUACAGGCGCUGAAGACCAGGAGAAUCACCUGCGGAGAGCAUGAGCGAGAAAGGGAGACACAGAAUCCGAAGCAGGCUCCAGGCUCUGAGCUGUCAGCACAGAGCCCGACGCAGGGCUCAAACUCACAGACCGCGAGAUCAUAACCUGAACCAAAGUUGGACGCCCAACCGACUCAGCUACCCAGGGGCCCCUGUAUUUAUUUAUUUUUUGAGAGGGGGAGAGAGAGAGAGACAGAGUGCAAGCAGGGGAGGAGCAGAGAGAGAGGGAGACACAGAAUCCGAAGCAGGCUCCAGGCUCUGAGCUGUCAGCACAGAGCCCGAUGUGGGGCUUGAAUCCACGAACCAUGAGAUCAUGACCUGAGCCAAAGUUGGACACCUAACCAACUGAGCCACCCAGGUGCCUCCAGUCUCAGCUUCUAAAGGGAAGAAUGUCUACUAGGAUAUAUGGCAACUUUUAAAAAACAUAAAAACCAUUUUGCUGAAGUACAAUAUGCAAAAAGAAAAGUACACACAUUCUAAUGGUACAGCCUGAUGAAUCCUCGGAAGGUGAGUGGCCCAUGUCACCAGCUCCCAGAACAAGAAGCACAUCAUCCUCUGUGCCCCAAAGUCCUCCCCUCUCAUACUCCCUCCCUCCUUCACCUAACCCCUCUCAAAGCUAACACUAUUUCGACUUCUGAUGGUGUAGACAAGUUCUGUCAGUACAGCAACUUUUACCCACUAGGAGUUAUUUCUGGGGUUUGGCAUUUCUCCCUUAACCUCACACACUUAGAUGAGGUUUGCAUUUGUGACAAAUGCUUGCAUUUUACAGGACAGAGUGAUGGGACCAUUUUCUCCUCCGUACUUUCCUGUGGGGCCACAGAGGGGGAUCUUCUGCCCUCUUGGAAAUGUCAGGAAAGUAACUCUUCUCCUUCCUUCCCCUCCUUCACUGACUCCCCCUAUGAGAGGUGGAGUGACAUCUGAUUCGUGGGUUGGACACAGGCCCUUAUCCCUAGUCUUCCCUUGGGGGAGGACCAAGUCCCAGACAGGUAGAGUACCUUAAAAUGGUCAAGAGACAUACUGGAUUCAAAUCCCAGCUCCAUCAUUUACAAGCUGGGUGACCUAGGGAAAGUUGCUUAACUUCUCUGUGCCUCAGUUUCCCCAUAUUUAAAACAGGACCAUAAUAGAUCCUAUCUCAAGGAACUGUUAAAAGAUUAUCAAAGGGCGCCUGGGUGGCUCAGUUGGUUAAGCAUCUGACUUCAGCUCAG